CACCCAUCUGACGCCGGUAUCCUCCUUGCGACGUCCGGCAGCGGUCAUGCGUACAAGUUCCUACCUGUGAUUGGCCGCCUGGUCGCGGAUGCGGUACAAGGCACCAUGGAUCCUGUGUUGGUGAAGAGGUUUGCGGUAGAUAGGGACAUAUUGAAAGAAGAUCGGAGUCGUUUGUCGUCGAAUGAAAGUGGGCUCGGAGGUGUGCAGGAGCUUACGGAGGAUAUACUUUGUACGCCGGAAGAUCUACUGCCAUGA